CUGACUGGCACCGGGGUUGGGGGGGGGAGGGUGGGAACGGGGAAUUGGUUUUAGUUGCACCUCCAAGAUGGAGCCCGAAAGCCUCCUGGAAGCUCUGGCAGAUUUCGAGAAGAAAUCCAAGAAGGAAGUAUCGUCGCUGCUGGACCAGUUCCUUUGUCAUGUCGCUAAGACGGGAGAAACCCUAAUUCCUUGGUCACAAUUUAAAAGCUACUUUGUAUUCAAAUUGGAAAAAGUAAUGGAUGAUUUCAGAGCCUCAGCCCCUGAACCCAGAGCUCCGCCUAAUCCAAAUGUGGAAUAUGUUCCUUAUGAAGAAAUGAAGAACCGAAUUCUUAAAAUUGUUAAUGGGUUUACGGGUAUUCCCUUCACUAUCCAGCGUUUAUGUGAGCUGCUUACAGAUCCUAAGAAGAAUUACACUGGGACAGACAAAUUUCUCAGGGGAGUUGAAAAGAAUGUUAUGGUUGUUAGCUGUGUGUAUCCUUCUACAGAGAAAUGCAACUUUGGCUCAAAUAGUUUGAAUCGAGUGAAUGGCAUCAUGCUGUCUGGAAGCCAUACCGGGUAUACAGAUAGAUCUAAUAUCAAUGGUCCUGGUACUCCGAGGCCUUUAAGUCGAUCAAAAGUUUCGUUACCAAGUCCUUUAACAACAAAUGGUUUGCCGGAUAGCUCUGAUAGAGAAAUCAAUGUGCAACAAACAGAAGACAAAUCACGCAGUGAUUCACCUACUUCCCAUGGAGAAGACACUCAGAGUAACUGUUCAAAAAAUAAACAUUUAGAGGACACGAUGGAAGCUGAGGCACCAGAGGUAAAACGGCUGAAGUUUGAUACAGAAAACGAGGAAGAGGAGUCUGUUCAUUCUGAAAGUUCUUCAGAGAUGCCUGAGGAAACUGAGAACACAGCAAAGCAGGAAGAAGCCAAAGAUGAUAGUGAAUGGAUUGAUCCAGUCAAUGCAGAUAAACAAGAGCCCUCAAGCAUACAAGUAAAAGCCAUGUUUGAAUCUGAGCAAGAGAAAGAUGAAGUUUCAUCUGGAAAUGUCAAAGCCUCAGAUGAAAAUCAAAUGGACCAAACUGAGCCAGCCAAGACAUUAACUUCAAAGGCAAGUGAAAUCAGUGAAAGCACUGACGAUGAUAGUAACAGUGUGGACUACAGUGAUACAGAAAAACCAGACACACCUCCUGAAACUCCAGACAUGCCUUCUGAGAGCCCAAUGGAGAAUAGUGCAGAUGCCACAGAAGAACCAAUGGAACAGGACUAAAUAUUGAGAUACUCUGCAGUAUUUUCAAUGAGGUGUUGAUUUUACACUGUAUAAAGUUUUAUGUAAUAAAGUGGACCUUUGUUUCCAGGAGAAGGAGAGGCAAACCUUCUCUAAGAAAAACCUGGAAGAGCUGUACAAGAUGAGAACUGUGAAACUUGCUCCUUCAGGUCUCAUGUACUGCUCCCGCUUUUUUGUUUGGUCAAAUCAGUGGUUUUGUGUAUAGAUUUUUUAAUUAGAAAGAGAGUUUUUAAACUGGAAAGUAAAACUAUAAUUGUCAAGUUGUUUUCCAAUUCAUUGAACUAGGCCAUUUACCACAGCAUUUUUUGUCUCAUUUUUAAAUCUCUUCAGAAAAAUUACAUUUCCUACGUGGUCACUGUUUCAACGUUUAAUACAUCAAGCAACAGGUUAAAGACACAUUCCAGGAAAAAAAACCCAAAAACAAUACAUCACAUUCAUUUACUUCUGAUCCUGUAUUAAUGGGAUUUAUUCAUCAAAAGGGAGUGUGUGGUUCACGUUAAUGUGAAACAGCAAAGGUUAGGACUUGUUUCAAGAUCGGUUUGUUUUGGUUGCAGAAUAAAUGCUUUUUUUUUGAUUCAUUGUUCAAGCAGAGAAAGGUGUGGGAGGUAAAUCACUCAAUUUAUGCUCAGUGGUUAGAAUAUGUAAAUUUGAAUAAGUUUCUUUCAGUUACAUUUUUUUUGUAGCAUGCAGACAGCACUGUUACACACACCACUGACUGCAUUGAAGAUCUACUGCAAUUACCUUGUUAAUUUAGUCUUGUGCCAGAUCUUAUGUACUGGUAAUGCAAUUUUAGGGGGUGCAUUGAACCACCAUGAUUUGUAUAAAAUUUUGAAGUGAAUGAAAUAUUUUUGAACAUGCUACUACAUUUUGACAGCCAGUGGUUGUACAUUUUUGGAGAUGAUAUUUCAGCACAAAUCUUCAUCUGUACUUCUGAUUUUUCUGAUAUCCAUCUUGUAAAUUCAAAAUCCUUUAAUCAUUUGACCACAAUUAUUGGCUGUCAAAAUUUGUUUGUACUUGUUUCUGGCAACUGUACUUUUUGAUAUUUAGAAUUUUUAAAUUUCUGUAAGUAGAUUUUGUAGAUUAAAUGUAGAUGUAAUUGUUCACUGCCUUUGUGAAACGUUAUAUAAUUGUAUAAUUUGUGUGUAAACUGAAUGCUUUGGCUUUCAAUACAGUAUUCAUAUAAAGCAAUAAAUGUUAUAUCUGGACACAGUCUGGAGAUACACUCCAGUUCCCGUUGAUAAAAUUUGCACAGGGUUGCCAGAGGCCAUGAUGACUGCACGUAACUGACAAUCUGCAAGAUUGACAGUUUUGUCUUUCCUGUGAAUGUAGUAUUUUGCACUUGUUAAAGUGAAUAUUCUGAAGAUAUAAUUUUGUGGGAUCUUAAAAUUCACUUUGAGAGAAUUAAGAGUCUCCAUUCUAACCAGUAUGUAAAGUUUUUUUACAGGGUGCCUAAGAGCUGUAACAUUGUUUCUCUUCAGUCCUGUGCUUGGGAAGAGAAUGCAUCUUUGCCAAUUAAACAAUAGUUUUCACAAGUUUUUAAACCAAUCUGAUCAGCAGAAAUGUUUUUGAAUCUUAACCUUGUCAAUGUCACUGGCAGAAUGUUUAGCGGUACUGUAGAAGGGAGUUGAAUUUUCUCCCUUUUCUAAAGAAUCCUUGAAUUCUGCUUGUAAAAGACAAGUUCGUUAAUACACUGCUGUAUGAGGGUGUGGGGAACAAAAGCAAAUUUUUAAUUGAAAUCUUUAUGCCAUCAGCAUGAUUUCCAACCCAGCUCUUCAUCUGUGUAAUUUAGUGAAUUCCUUAUUCCACAUGAUUAUUUUCAGUAAUAUGUUUGUUUGUGUACCAGUUGAGUUGAAAAUCUCGGUUGAGGAAUUGGUUUUAUUCUGUGAUUCUAAAUAUGACAAAACAAAACACGAUGGAAUAUGGUUGAAGAAAGGUGGAUAAUGGUUGAAAUGAACUUUUCCCUUUCUCCUCCCCACCUGAAAGUUUGCUUUUUAAUGGAUAAAAAGUUAAAUUUCCAGGAGUAAUGUCUGACAUUACUCAAAUUCUAAAUGACAACUUGUUUAUCACCUCCAAGGAAAGCUUUAAUUAGUAACAAAUUAGUCACUUGGGAUGGACAAUAAAAAAAUUGCUGGCUGGCCAGUCGGUGACGUUGAGUCCCAGGAGUGAAUAAAAGAAAUGUACAGUACUAAUUUAACUGUUUAGAAUUUUAUAACACAUUGUGUUAACUCAAAUUUUUAUAUCAGUGCCUGGCACUCAGCUCUCUAUUUAGUUCUAAUUACCUAUGUCUUUCCAAUCCAAUUUUACAGUUUCCCUUUCCAAAUUUUGACCAUAUUUGGUGCAAGUUUUUCAUUUGCUUCCACCAGUGUUUCUAUUCUGGCUUAGUUAACCUGGGUUAUCUUUGGGUUACUGCUAGCUCAUUCUGAACCUUAAUUGCAGCAAAUUACCCUCUACUAAUAUUAGACUGGCUAGUUUGUAGUUAAUCAACUUUUUUCCUCCUUUAUAAGAAUAAAUUUCCAAAACAAGCCCACUGUUAAUUUCAGUUUUGUUUUUUUUUGCCUACUUGGGUAAAUGUUAGGGAAAGUUUUUCAGCUUUUUACAGGCUAAUUAGCAAAUUAGACUCAUUGUAUGAUCUCAUCAUGCCAAAUUUAUUUUGCUUUUAAGAUACUAUGUUGAAGUAGUAGUGAAUGUGAAAGCCUGAAAUUUGAGAUGUUACUUCAACAUUCUUGUAUUUAUUGAGGUUAGGUUUGCAUCGUGAUGACAGUGGCAAAUAAUAAGUAAUGGAUAGCAUUAUCUCACAGAUACUUAACCUAUUCCGAAGUUUAGGGGGUAAAUGUGUACCUUCAGCAUUGAGUGUGGUGAUUGAACCUUUGCAUGAUUAGCAGCAGAAUGUGCCAGUCUUUGCUCGCUCAGGUUAACAAAAAAUACUAUGGAUGCUGAAAUCUGAAAUAAAACAGUGCUGGGGAAAGAGCAUAAGAUGGAGCAGCAGAAGCAGGUCAUUUAAUCCAUUGAGUCUGUUCCACCAUUCAUUGAGACCAUAGCUGAUCUGAUCAUUGUCGAUCCUCUUGCCUGUCUUAUUCCUGUAACCCUUGAUUCUCUAACUGAUAUGUACUUAACAACCCAGCUCUGCAGCCAUCUAUGGUGAAGAAUUCCAUAAGUUUACCACGUUUGAGAGAAAGACAAUUUUUCCUUUGCUGUCUUAUUCUGAAAUCAUAUCCUCUGGUCCUAGACUUUCCCACAAGGGGAAUUUACCUUUCUGCAUCUAACCUGUCAAGUCCCCGAAGAGUCUUGCUGGUUUCAGUAAGAUUUCCAGUAAUUCUAAACUCCAAAUACAGGCCCAAUCUGCACAAUGUCAUCUCAUAAAAUGAUCCUCCAUACCUGGGAUCAGUGUAGUGGAAUCUCUGGACUGCCUUGAAUGCCAGGUUCUGUAUAUUUUUCUUUUGACAAGGGGACCAAAACUAUUCAUAGCAUCCUAACUGUGGUCUGACAAGUGCCUUAUAUACUGUAGGAAGAUUUCACUAUUUUUAUUCUUCAUUUCCUUUAAAAUAAAAGUCAACAUUCUAAUUGC